UACCCCCUCCUUGGAGUAUACAUCGCAAGAAAUUGCACGAUGCUUGACACUGGACCCAUAUUGUACGUGGUCACAUCAGUUUUAGCGCUAGCGAGUUUAGCCGUCGUUCGGAAAUAUUUGGACGAUCAUUCCCGCCCACCGCUGCCGCCUGGUCCUACCCCCCUCCCGAUAGUGGGGAACCUUCUCAGUCUUGAUUUUACUGAGCCUUGGAUGAGCUUCAAUGCUUGGAGAUCCACAUAUGGUGACCUAAUUUAUGCUCGUAUAUUCAACAAGCCUAUCUUGGUAGUCAACUCUGAAGAGGUUGCGAAAGACCUCUUUGAAGAGCGUUCCAACAUAUAUUCCGAUAAACCUCAGUCGUUUAUCUAUGAACCCUUCGCUUCGAACUUUAAUAUAGCUAUCAUGCCGUAUGGAGACAGGUGGCGCCUCCACCGACGAAUUUUUCAUCAGACAUUUCGCCAAGCCGCUGCGCCCGCUUGUUCCACUAUGCAAAUCCGUUCGGCCCACACAAUGUUGUUCAAUCUUCUUCAAGACCCUGCCAAUUAUCCGAGCCACAUCCACAUGUUCAGCGCCAUGUUUGUGCUAUCUAUGGUAUACGGUUAUGAACCGAAAGCUAAGGGUGACCAGAUCAUCCACAAUAUGGAAAAGUACUUGGAACUGGUCACCGAAAGUAUGACGCCUUUGGGCAUUGCGAUAAUGGAAACCUUCCCUUUUCUUUUGCAGCUGCCUAGUUGGUUUCCUGGUGCCACAUUCAAGCGAGCGUCAGUGAAGUGCAUCCAGGCGGGCCAUGAUAUAAAGGAGAUCCCAUUCCGAUAUGUCGAGGAGAAGAUGUCUACUGAUGAUGCGGAGCCGUGCAUGGUGACUGAUUUGAUGAAUAAGAUGAACGGUUUUGAAGAUGAUGUCAUUGCGACUGCAAUCAAGGAGGCUGCUUCCAUGUCAUUCGGAGCGGCGUCUGAUACAACCACUUCCACAUUGACUGUGUUCCUUCUUGCUAUGGUGCUCAAUCCAGAGGUGCAAGCCAAAGCCCAAGCGGAGAUUGACAGAGUCGUCGGCAAAGAUAGACUCCCCGAUUUUGAUGAUAGACCGGCGAUGCCUUACGUGGAUGCUAUUUUGCGUGAAACGCUCAGGUGGCGCCCCGUAGUUCCUUUUGGCAUACCACACACAUCAAUGUCCAGUGACAUAUACAGGGGUUUUUUUAUCCCCAAAGGCAUUUUUGUACUCUUUAACACAUGGGCGAUGACACACAAUGAAACAAAAUACCCCAGUCCUAAUGAAUUCAAACCAGAAAGAUUUCUUCACGAAGACGGGUCUCUCACCAAUGACACAAUGCUCUUAGGCUUUGGCUGGGGUCGCCGGAGCUGUGUCGGACGGCAUAUCGCGGACUCGACACUAUGGAUUGCGAUGGCGAGCAUCCUCUCCACUUUCUCGGUCCAGAAGGCUCUCGACGAACAAGGAAGGGAGAUACCCGUCAUUCCAAAGUUCACCACUGGUGUCGUAGUCCAUCCGGAGAAAUUUCCCUGCCGGAUUGUCCCGCGAUUCCUUGAUGGAUCUGCGGAGAUGCUGAGGCAAAUGACUGGGCUAGGGCAACCCUGAAUGUGGUAUACAUGUGUAAUAUGUAUGCCCGACAAGCAUAAAUUGUGUCCACAUACUUGUACUUACCUAGCACCCCCCAUGUAAACUCGUUCCUUCUUAAUUAUGGCACUACAUAGUAUACGCUCUGCCUGUAACUGCAAAUACCUGAUUCACAACCAGAUUGAUGUAAGGCCAUUUUUCUACCAA